AUGCAGUCCAUCUUCCAAGUCCAGCGGCAGGUGAGGGCAGACCUUGGCCUGGAGAAGGUUCGCGUCAUUCUCAACAAAAACUACAAAGCAAACGGCACAAAGUCCUAUGUCCAUCUCUUGAACCGGUACGGCUUUCAGCCGACCAAGCCUGGCCCUUACCGUCACGUCAACCGCGUUCACCAGCGCGGGCUUCGUGUAACCGACAUUACGAAAGUACAUAAGCCAGUUGGUGGCCGUGUUCAUCUCGAGAAGGUGCUCGCUAAGCACUCGGCAACAGGAGAUGGGAACACACAGGCCGGCGAAGUGACUGCAGAGGAUCAGCAGAAUGAUUCCAUGUACCUGUGCGAAGUCGAAAUCGGCACCCCUUCGCAAAAGCUCAUGCUUGAUUUCGACACAGGCUCAUCCGAUCUCUGGGUCUUCUCCACAGAGCUCUCUGCAGACGUACAAAAGGGGCACGCAGUCUUUGAUUCGUCAAAGUCAACGACGUUCAAAACGUCCAGCGGCCUAACUUGGCAGAUUGAGUAUGGUGACGGGAGCUCUGCGUCGGGUGACGUGGGCACCGACGUGGUUACCGUUGGUGGCCUUGUCAUCAAGAACCAGUCUGUAGAACUUGCGAAGACCUUGGCGGCACAAUUUUCACAAGGUACUGGAGAUGGACUGCUUGGUUUAGCUUGGCCAUCGAUCAACACGAUCAAAUCGGGUUAUUCGUCCGACCCACAGCCCACUCCUGUUGCCAACAUGAUAUCCGAAGGUGUUGUGCCCAAGGAAGCCCAGCUGUUCACCUCGUGCUUUUAUGGCGAGCGUGACAACCAGGAGUCUUUCUACACAUUCGGCUACAUUGACGAGGACCUUGUCAAGGCUUCUGGUGCAGAAAUUGCCUGGACCAGCAUUGACAACAGUCAGGGUUUCUGGAUGUUCCCGUCGACCUCUGCAUCUAUCAAUGGCCAAUCUAUCACACUUUCCAACAACACAGCUAUUGCUGACACCGGCACCACUCUUGCACUGGUGUCUGAUGAGGUUUGUGAGGCGCUGUACAAAGCCAUUCCGAAUUCCAAAUACGAUGAGAAGCAACAGGGCUACCUGAUCCCCAAAACCACGACGAUAGACCAGCUUCCGACCGUUUCUAUUACUGUUGGUGACAACAAAUUCGUCGUUCAAAAAGAGGACCUUAUCUUUACCCAGGCAGAUGAUACUCACUGGUAUGGAGGCAUCCAAUCUCGUGGGAGCAACACAUUUGACAUUCUCGGGGAUGUGUUUCUAAAGUCAAUCUAUGCUAUUUGGGACCAAGGCAAUGUCCGCUUUGGGGCUGUUCCCAAGAUCCAGAAGACACAGACUUUGGACCCUGGAUCGAGCACGUGA